CAUGCCUGAAAACCCUGCAGCAGAUAAGCAGCAGGUGCUGCAGAUUCUGGAUCGUCUGCAAGCAAAACUGCAUGAGAAAAGGGAUUCCCAACACCAGGAAAACCUGGCUGUUUUACGGAACACCCUCAGGAGCCCCUUGUUUAACCAGAUCCUGACUCUCCAGCAAUCCAUCAAGCAACUGAAGGAACAACUCAAUUACAUGCCUCCUGACCGCUCAGUAGAUUUUGAUUUUACUAAGAGAGGGCUGCUCGUGUUUGCUGACAAAUCAGUCGCUGCUGGGACACCUUGCCUUUCACCUGGACCCAAAACACCUCCCUUCACUCCAAACCUGGGAGUUAAUGAAUUUAACAUGAUCAUCCAACAAAUGGCAAAGGGAAGACAAAUAGAAUCAAUAAAGAUUGAUAAACCUUCUGUUGGAGGUCUUGGAUUUAGUGUGGUUGCUCUUAAAAAUCCCAGCGUGGGAGAAGUUGGUAUCUUUGUCAAGGAAGUCCAGCCAGGAAGCAUAGCUGACAGGGAUCAAAGACUGAAGGAAAAUGACCACAUACUGGCCAUUAAUUGCACCCCAUUGGAUCAGAACAUUUCCCAUCAGCACGCCAUUGCCCUCCUCCAGCAAUCCACGGGAUCCCUGCAUCUGGUCGUGGCCAGGGAGCCAGUUCAAGGGAACAGCAGAACUUCAGCUGUCUUAUUAAGUGAUGUAAAUCCACCUGAGACUAUUCACUGGGGCCACAUUGAAGACGUUGAGCUGAUUAACGAUGGUUCGGGAUUAGGCUUUGGAAUUGUAGGAGGAAAGUCAAGUGGAGUAGUUGUAAGAACGAUUGUUCCUGGGGGAUUAGCAGAUCGGGAUGGGAGGCUCCGAACAGGAGAUCACAUCUUACAGAUUGGAGGGACCAAUGUGCGAGGAAUGACAAGUGAGCAAGUUGCCCAAGUGCUGAGAAACUGUGGGAAUUCUGUUAGGAUGAUUGUUGCAAGGGACCCCAAGUGUGAAGUCAUGGAGGCUCCACCAGCUCCUGUGAGCUGGCCAGUCAGCACAUUACCUUCCCUUCAAAAUGGAAAUGAUAUCAACCUUUUUGAUACCUAUGACGUUGAACUUGUAAAAAAGAAUGGGCAAAGCCUGGGAAUAACAAUUGUUGGAUAUGCUGGCACAUGUGAUGUAGCAGAACCUUCAGGGAUUUUUGUGAAAAAUAUAAUACCUGGUAGUGCUGCUGACCACAAUGGCCAAAUUCAUGUCCAUGACAAAAUUGUUGCUGUUGAUGGGGUUAAUAUACAGGAUUAUAGCAACCAAGAAGUGGUAGAGGUAUUGAGGAACACAGGACAGACUGUACGUCUCACUUUACUUAGAAGGAAACCUUCCUCUACUAUUUCUUCAGAAAGACCUUCAGAUAGAGUGCAGCCAACUGUUCCAGUCUUUGUGUCCCCUGCAGCUGUAGAGACUGAAAUUAGUGUGGACACUAAGAAUGAGGGAAAACAAGAACAGAAGGAUAAUCUUCAAAGUGAAAAGCAGCAGAGUCUACUUAAAGCAGGAAGAGUCCCACUUCCUCCAGCACACGAACUAAAAUCCAAGUGGGAAAACCUGUUGGGACCAGAAUACGAAGUUAUGGUUGUGAAUGUGGAUAUGCCCAUUACAGAUGAUUCAGAGCUCCAGAAGUACUCAAAGCUAUUACCCAUCCACACUUGGAGAUUAGGUGUUGAGCUUGACACGUUUGAUGGACAUCAUUAUAUAUCAUCCAUUACUUCAGAUGGUUCACCUGCAGCACUUGGUCUUCUGCAACUGGAGGAUGAACUUCUGGAGGUAAAUGGAGUCCAGCUGUAUGGAAAAUCCCGGCGGGAGGCAGUCACUUUCCUCAAGGAAGUGCCCCCCCCAUUUACACUGGUUUGCUGUCGGCGACUCUUUGAUGAUGGCAGUGAGUCACUUGUAGAUGAACCCACCGUGGGAGUUUCCCUUCCAGAACAAAAGGUGAAACCUGAGGAAGACUCUAACCCUGAGGAGGAAGAAGGAGAAUUAGCAUUAUGGUCUCCUGAUGUGAAGGUUAUUGAACUGGAGAAAGACAAAAAUGGUUUAGGAUUCAGCAUUUUAGACUAUCAGGAUCCCUUGGAUCCAACAAGAACAGCCAUUGUGAUCAGCUCCUUGGUGGCAGGUGGAGUAGCUGAGCGUGGUGGGGAGCUGUUACCGGGGGACCGCUUGGUCUUCGUCAAUAAGAAACAUUUGGACAGCGCCACUUUGGCAGAGGCAGUGGAAGUGUUGAAAUCUGUGCCCCCAGGUACAGUUUCUCUUGGAAUCUGCAAGCCUUUGGUGGGAGAAAGCAGAGAGGAGGAGAACAUGCACAAUGUGGAUACCAGCAGCAUUAAAACCAGCCCUGGGUCUCCAGAACCAAUAGAUAACAUUAAUUUCUCAAUAAUACUUGAAGCACCACAGGGUUUCAGAGAUGAAACACCUUUUAAAGAAGAACUUGUUGAUGAACCACAUUUGGACUUGGGAAGGUCAUUUCAGCUUUCUCAAAAUGAUGAUGAGGAUGAGAGGGAGUCCUGGGAGAUGUGUGAAUUCCUGAAACCCAGAACAGAAGACAUGGAUGAAGAACGGGAAAUGCUGGUGGAUGAAGAGUAUGAAGAAGACUCAGACUUCCUGAAAUAUAAAGCAUCCUGUGGACAAAAGGCAACUUCAGACAGGAACCUUGAUACAGAACGGUGGGCAAAGCAACUGGAGAGUACUGAAAUAAAAGACUUGAGAUCCAGUAUUAAUUUAAGUCCAGAACAGUCCCUGGAAUAUCCAUUCAGUAAAGAUCAAACGUGUGAAGAAAAUGCUACUAUAAGGUCACUCUUUCCUGGAACCACAGCACACAGUGGCUACCAAAAGGACAUAUUUGAUAUUGAAACUACUCAGUCAGAAGAAAAAAGCAAGAUGGAUUUAGGAACAAAGCUUCGGAUAGACUCUAAAGGGCCUGGGCUUGCUGUUGAUUUGGAAGCUAUUGAAAAGGAAGAGCUAAAAGGAGAGAAUGAUGUUUUCUCUAAGAACCUGGAAUCUGAGAGAGUAGCCACCUUAGCUCAGCCUAGAACAGCAUCAUGCAGUGAAUUACCCGAGAGAGAAGAAGGAGAAGGAGAAGAAACUCCAAACUUCAGCCACUGGGGACCACCACGAACUGUUGAGAUCUUCAGAGACCCUCACGUGUCUCUUGGAAUCAGUAUUGUUGGUGGACAAACUGUCAUAAAGCGCCUGAAGAAUGGAGAAGAACUUAAAGGGAUCUUUAUCAAACAAGUUUUGGAAGACAGCCCAGCAGGAAGAACCAGGGCUUUAAAAACUGGAGAUAAAAUACUUGAGGUUUCUGGGAUAGAUCUCCAAAAUGCCACCCACGAGGAAGCAGUAGAAGCCAUCAAGAACGCGGGAAAUCCUGUUGUGUUUGUAGUUCAGGGUCUGGCUAACGUACCAAAAGUGGUUGCUCCCGCCCAGCCUAAGGGAAUCAAAGUCAGCAAAGAUCAGGAUGCAGACAAAGAAAAUAAGAGCGAUAAGAGAAAAUAUGGGGCUCCACCUCCCAUGAAACUGCCACCUCCUUAUAGAGCCCUUGAAAGGCUGCAUGCAGAGGAAGCUGUCGUGGAUGAAGAGGAGGAUGAGGAUGCUUGUGCAGAGAAAAAAAUCAGGCAAAGAUAUGCAGAUCUCCCAGGAGAGUUGCACAUUAUUGAGCUUGAGAAAGACAAAAAUGGGCUGGGACUCAGCCUCGCUGGCAACAAGGACCGCUCCCGGAUGAGCAUCUUUGUAGUUGGGAUCAAUCCAGAUGGACCCGCGGGACGAGAUGGAAGGAUGCACAUUGGUGAUGAGCUCCUAGAAAUAAACAAUCAGAUAUUGUAUGGAAGAAGUCACCAGAAUGCUUCUGCAAUCAUUAAAACUGCCCCAUCAAAGGUCAAGCUGGUUUUCAUACGGAGUGAAGAUGCAGUCAAUCAGAUGGCUGUUACUCCCUUCCCAUUACCUUCAGGCUCCCAUUCUUCCAUUGAGGAUCAUGGUGGCACUGGACCUGCAAGUGGUGAUGAAGACCCAAGUUUGGAAGUUGUCAUGAAAAGUUUGACUGAUGAGGAAUCCAACAAAGCUGAUGUGAAACAUAAAGCUGAGAAACCAGUGGUGGCAGAUGAGCAGGAAACAGAGGAGCAGCUCCCAGAAAAUGACCUCAACCAGAUCAAACAAUCUAAAUCUUCAACUAAAGUGCCAGUCAGCUUACAGGAGAUACCCCUGGAGCCAGCACCUACUUACCUUUCUCCAGAGGCAGAAGUCACCAGCCGUAGUGUCUUUCCACCUCCACUGCCUGUGGAUCCAGCAACAUGUCCCAUAGUUCCAGGGCAAGAGAUGACUAUAGAGAUAUCUAAGGGUCGGUCAGGCCUGGGACUCAGCAUCGUUGGGGGGAAAGACACUCCACUGGAUGCCAUAGUGAUCCAUGAAGUUUAUGAAGAGGGGGCAGCAGCCCGAGAUGGCAGACUUUGGGCUGGUGAUCAGAUUCUGGAGGUGAACGGGAUCGAUCUGCGGAAUGCCAGCCAUGAGGAAGCGAUCACUGCGCUCCGACAGACACCCCAGAAGGUGCAGCUGGUUGUUUAUAGAAAUGAAGCACAUUACAAAGAUGAAGAAAACUUAGAGAUUUUCUAUGUAGAUAUACAAAAGAAAACGGGCCGAGGGCUGGGGCUCAGCAUAGCUGGGAAACGAAAUGGAAGUGGAGUGUUUAUCUCUGACAUUGUUAAAGGAGGAGCUGCAGACCUAGAUGGAAGAUUAAUUCAAGGAGAUCAGAUUUUGUCUGUAAAUGGGGAGGAUAUGAGAAAUGCCUCACAAGAGACUGUUGCCACUAUACUUAAGUGUGCCCAAGGCCUGGUGCAUCUUGAGCUUGGGAGAUUGCGAGCUGGAUCAUGGCUGUCAUCACGGAAAACAUCCCAAAACAGUCAGGCGACCCAACAGAGUGUCCACAGCCACUUCCACCCUGCUCUUGCUCCAGUCCUCUCCACCUUACAGAAUUUCGUCAGCACAAAGAGAUCUUCAGCAGAUGUGUCUCAGAGAAACUCAGUAGGAGCCGAUAUGGGCCCAAGGACUGUGGAGAUAACAAGGGGUCCAAAUGAUGCACUUGGUAUCAGCAUAGCAGGAGGGAAGGGAAGUCCAUUGGGAGAUAUUCCCAUUUUCAUCGCUAUGAUUCAAGCCAGCGGUGUGGCCGCACGGACCCAAAGACUCAGAGUUGGAGAUCGGAUUGUCAGUAUUAAUGGGCAACCUUUGGAUGGGCUGUCUCAUGCAGAUGCUGUUAAUCUACUAAAGAAUGCUUAUGGGAGCAUUAUCCUGCAGGUCGUGGCUGACACCAACAUCAGUGCCAUUGCCACCCAGCUGGAGAGCAUGUCUGCAGGGUGCACCCUGAACUCAUCCUCGGAGCAUCCUUCCGAAGAUCCUGAAGCACAUCAGCCUAAGAUUAUUACUUUGGAGAAAGGCUCUGAUGGACUGGGAUUUAGUAUUGUAGGGGGGUAUGGAAGUCCCCAUGGAGACCUGCCCAUUUAUGUCAAGACUAUAUUUGCCAAGGGAGCAGCUGCGGACGAUGGCAGAUUGAAACGCGGAGACCAGAUCGUGGCGGUGAACGGGGAGGCUCUGGAAGGCGUCACCCAUGAACAGGCCGUGGCCAUUCUGAAGCGCCAGAAAGGAACUGUGACAUUAACGGUGUUGUCAUGAGUGUCACUGCGCUCAUGGAGAGAAAUACAAUUAUUUUAGAGCAUCAGUAGAGCUAUAAUAACCCUGCUCAGCCCUGAUGUAAAGCAAACCCUGGCGAAAAUGAGUCAGUGUUCCCCCUGUUGCCAGGCAGGGUAGUGUGAAUCUCCAGCUUCAUUUAGCCUUCCACAUUUAUCAGCCUUUCUCCCCGCCCUCCCCGACUUCUGGUGGCUUUUGAGGUUUCUCUGGACAAGUUUAAUUAAGAAACUUCAAAGAACAAUAUCCGUUUUACUUUAUUUAAUGCAUCAGUUUAUCCCCACUAGUCUGAACCCUGGUUGCAACUGCUGAACCUGGAAUCAGUUCACACACAAAAGAGAAUUUAGAUCAUCAACUGAUCUCAUCUGAUGAACAGAAAUAAAUGCCGAGUGACUUGUCAUCUCACUCAUGAUUUACUUAUGCUAAUUGUU